AUGGGCGAGGAACCUGUAGUGCACAGCUUGUUCGAAGAGAAAACAGGGACAUGGCAAUACGUGGUGGCACACCCUUCCACCAAGAAAGCCGUUAUCAUCGAUCCAGUGCUCGACUAUGACGCCAACACCCAGAUGAUCAAUACGCAUACAGCCGACUCUUUGCUCGCGACGAUAUCCGAGAGUGGCUACCAUGUCGAGAGGAUACUGGAAACGCAUGCGCAUGCCGAUCACCUGACGGCAGCUUCUUACCUCCAACAAUGCUUGUACUCGCAGCAGGGAUUCAAGCCGCCCAUUUGUAUCGGAAAACGGAUUCGAGAGGUUCAGGACCGAUUUGCAACUAGGUAUGGAAUUGCGACUGUCGAGUACGAAAGCGCGUUUGAUCAUCUUUUCGAAGACGACGAGACGUUUGAGAUUGGACGUUUGACAGUACAGGUUAUGCAUCUUCCUGGACAUACUCCAGAUCACAUUGGAUACCAGGUUGGUGGCAACGUAUUUUGCGGUGACUCCAUAUUCCAUGCUGAUAUCGGCACGGCAAGAUGUGACUUCCCAGGCGGCAGUGCGAAGAAUCUAUAUACUUCAGCGCAAAAGUUACUGAAACUACCCGAGGACAUGAGAAUUUGGACCGGCCAUGACUACCCGGCUUGUCCCCAGCGGUGUGAGGCUGUGCCUUGGAUGACUGUGAGGGAUCACAAAGAGAAGAACAAACAUCUUGCCAAUGAUGUAAAGGAGGCCGAUUUCUUGACGUUACGAAAAGAACGCGAUGCGAGCUUGGCGGCGCCGAAAUUAUUGCAUCCCUCUUUGCAGAUCAAUAUUCGCGCUGGAAGACUCCCGCAACCGACAUUAGGUGGCCAGCGAUUGAUGCAUCUUCCGAUCAAGAUGACUCGCCAGGCGUGGUAG